AUGACGGCUGCAAAUGGGGUUUGUAAGGCGUCGUCUGAGUUGGUUACACAACCUAGCUCUUACCAGAAUGAUCAACCCAAGCCUGAUUCUGACGGGAUCGGCCACCAUAAUCACCAGAAUAACCCUGAUAAUUUGAAUGCUUUCGUGAAUGGAGACAGUGGUUUGAGUGAGGAUCUUGUAGUUAAUAAGGAUGUUGUUGAGUUGGAUUCAAGUGUUUUAAGUGAUUCCGAUCUCGUCCAGGUUCAAGCUGUGGAAUUUGAUGCUCAAAACGGAGAAUUGGAUCCCAAAAGUGUGAAAAUUAGUGAAUUGUUGAAUGAGGGACAUGAUGCUGUGGAAGGGACUAAUGAGAUUUUGCCGGAGGGAAAUGGCAUCCGCCAAGAUCAACUGAAUUCCCUUGGGGAUGAGGGACAUGAAGUUACAAAUGGGACUAAUGGGAUUCUCCCGGUGAAAAAUGACACUCACCAAGUUCAACAGAAUUCCCUUGGGGAUGGGGUUCAAGGUGCUGCUGAUGAUACUAUGGACGAGCAAGUUGGAAAAACUGAGAAUGGGGCAGCAGUUGAAAUAAAGCAGGUUCAUGACCAAACUGGAAAAACAGAAAGCAAUGCAGGAGAUGGCAUACAACAGGUGCAGGAUCAAAAUGGAAAAACUGAAAGUUUGGUCGAAGCCAAAACUGAAAUAGAGAAAGUUGAGGAUCGGACAGAAUCGGAGUCCUUUUCUAGUUCCAUUGAGAAUCAGGAAUCUCAAGCUAGGGUUAUGGGGUUGGUUACACAGUUUGGAGAGAAUGUGGAAUUAAAUAAUUUGUCGUCAGACAUUAUUGUGUCUGGUGAUGCUAAUGGAAAAUGCGCGGGUUAUAAUCUAAAAUUAGCAUCAUCUCUCGAUGUGGUUACAGAAGCUGUUGAAUGUGAAGAUUCUGAUGACAAAUGUGUGGAUCAUAAUCUAGAGUUAGCAUCAUCUACUAAGUCGAAAGUUGACACCGGAUCUAUUGAUGUGGUUUCAGAGGCUGUUGAAUGUGAAUCCCAAAAAAUUGAGGUUGGGGAGGUGAGCUCAGAGGACAAGAUUGAGGAGUUAGCUGAAGAAUUAGUGGAAACAUCAGAAUGUCAAGUCCCCGUUACCACUUCCCUGCAUUUGGAUCCCAAAUCCUGGCCACUUAUUAAUGAGGAAAAGAGAGAGACAGAAUUAGAAUCAGAUGUGGUGGAAAAUCAGAAGUCUGGCGUCACUCUUGAUGGUAAUAUUGAAUAUAGCAUAAAACAUGGACAUAAGGCAGAGAAUCGAACAUCGUUUUCGAGGAGCUGGGCUGAUAUUGUGAGAACUCUGAGGGAAACAAAAAUUGUUCAUGACCCUGUUUUUAAAGGAAUUAAAGAAAAAUUCCCGCUAUCUCAUGCUGAAGAUGGUGAUCCACGUAUUAAAGGACUUGUUGAACAUCCUGAUUGCUCUGAAGAAUUCCCUAAAGCUGUGAAAUCUGAAUCUUGGAUUGAUGUUUCCUCUGAGGCUCAUGAUCCUCAACCUGAAAUUGAAAUUUCUGACGCUAAAAGAACUGAAGAGGUUUCUACUUCAUCUAGUGAUAAUCCAAAAUUAAAAAUUGUGGAGAACGAUCCAGUUGUUGACAACAUCAUUCUAGGUUGCACCACCAAUGAUGCAAGAUCAGGAUCAGAGAAGGGAAUUUCAACAGCUUCUCCAAAAGGUUCUACUGAUGUCAUGGUUGCUGGAGAAAACGUGAGCAUUGAGGCUGCAACAAGGCCAUUCUUUCUUAUUAAGAUUCCAAAGUUUAAUGAUGGGAAACUGCAAGAACAGAUAAAACAUGCUCAGCUAGAAGUUGAUGAGAAGACUAGGCUCAGGAAGGUUAUUCAACUCGAAAUCCAGAAGACAAUGAACACACAUUUCCGCAUGUACAUCAGUGAUGCAGCUGCAGCAAGGGAUUGUGCAUUUAAAAAAGACAGAGAGGGACUUCAUCGGCUUUGCAUAAAUCAGGUGGAAAAAAUAAUGGAACUCUGGAACACAAAUGAUGAGUUCCGGAAUGAAUAUGUGAAGCAGAAUGCAAGGAGUACUCUAACAAGAUUUAAAACUCUGGAUGGCCGUUCACUAGGCUCUGACGAGGUGCCACCUAUUCUUCCAGGUUAUGUGGAUGAAAGAGUUGGUCAACUGGGUUUAACACUAGCAAAGGCUGGUUCGGUACAAAGUUCAACUCUGGAAUUAUCAGAACCCAAGAAUUGUACAGCGACAAAUAAGGAACCUGCUAAACCUGUAUUGCGGAAUGCUUCAGCAACUGUUUCUCGCGAUGAUGUGAUUAAUGAGAUAGAGAAGAAAGCCAUAAAAUCAAAGGAAGAGGUGGAGCUGGAGAGGAAGGUGGAGGAGGAACUGAGGGACGAUGCUGAACCCAAGUCAAAAAACCAACUUAGGCUGGAGGAAAUAGCAAAGGCUAAGUUGGCACUUGAGAAGAAAAAGAGAAAUGUAGAGAAGGCACAAAGGAGAGAUGAAUUACGAGCACAGAAGGAAGCCGAACGGAAAGAAAAGGAGAGGGAGAAGAGGUUGAGAAAGAAGGAAAAAAAGAAGGGUGCUUCUGCUGCUGCAAGUGAAGUCAAUAAGAACACGAAUGUUUGUGAAACUGUGGAAAGCUCUGAAAGCCUAAUGGAAAAUUUGAAGGAGACAGAUCAGAUAAAUGAGACAAAUUUUGCAACAGCAACUACCAAAAGGCCUCCAAAAAUAAGCAAGACGAAAUAUAAUAUCCCUCCAUCAAUUGUUUGCAAUCGAAGCAAGAAAAAGUGGAAGCAUUGGAUGUGGCUAAUUUUGACUUGCCUCAUUGUGGUUGCUAUAUUCUUACUAGGAAAUACAGAAGACGCGCUCGAGGAAUCUCAGAUCUAUUUCGUGCUGCCCAAAACUAAACUUCCCUAUCGUUUGAGUGCUUCCGACAUGGCUGCUCUUGCCGUGAAAGCCAGCGUCGCUCUUGACAAAAUGAACGCCGCCUCCGCCUCUUCCACGAACCGCCGGAAGAGGAAGGCCCGAAUAUCACCCGUUAUGGUGCUGGAUCAAAAUAUCGAGAAGAAGAGUUUUGUUAACAAUAACAAUACAAUGAAACCCUCAACGUCGGCCCGAUUAGGGGUUUCUAGAUCUAAUUCUGUGAAGAAAUUGCAGAGAUACUCUUCUCGGCGGGCUAAAAUGGCGGCCCGAUCCUUCAGGAUUAGGCUUAGCACUAUUCACGAAGGAUCUGUGGCCUAUGCUCCAUUUUAA